AGCCAUGUUACAAUGAGGACGUAGAGUGAGCUCCAUACUCCCUCCAUAAUGCCAAGUUUACCAUUUCGUGUGGACAUGGCUGUAGUGUUGGCCCCCACCAGAACCCGCCGGAUCCUUGUUGCUAUUGGUAUUAUCAUCUUCCUUGGUCUUUAUUUUAGGAGUCUCAGCUUUAAAUCAGAACCGGAGACAGCCCCGAUCUCAACACGGGUAGCCAACUUCCCCCCCUGUCUGUCAGGGUACAGAGCUCAGUUUGAGAGACUAUCAGCUGAAAUGGACAUUGUCCUGAAUGUAGGGACCCAAGAGACCAGAUAGACUGUUCCUGGUGGGUAAUGGUCACGUGGCCACUACUCCGCUCACUGGCGCUCACUCUGUCCUCCUUGAUAAUGCCCAACCUCUGGAUCUAGGACACAACAUUAAUCUCAAGUUCUACAUUCACGACAGUGCCUUUUCGCUGGCUAUGUCAGUACUUCACCUCAAAAAUGGACAGGUGGAUCUGUACCACGUGGGAGAGAGCUGUAUCACCAUCAAGGAGACGAUAUUCACCUCCCUAGCUACUACCUCUGUUAUCGGACAUGAUGUUACUAUUAACAACCCUACCAAGACUAAACAGACGGUUACUGUGAAAACUGGGAUAGACACCCACUUGGAGGACAUACAGAAUAUAAAGGUAUCAGGGAAGACGGGAGUAGUUUACUCUGAUCUAGUUCACUCUAUUAAUGGAGAAGCUUAUGUAGCUGCUGCUGCUUCUGUUCUCUCUCAUAAGACUAUUGAUAUUGAGGCGUACAAAGACGGCAAUGUUAAGCUCUUUGUGUCCCUUGCUUCCAGUAAACUACCUGACGUUGGAGAACGCAGUGAGAAACUGAAGGAUGUAUGUAAGAUUGUAAAGGAGCAGCUGAUUAACCUGGAUCAGAAUAAAGUUGUACUCGAUCACGUGGCUAACUGGAAGGAUAUCAGAAAAUCUGGUUUACGGUUACAACCGCUCCAAGACCAUCUGAUGGCUAAACCCCUGGAAGUGAACCUGACAAUGUACUAUCUGAUCAGUAUGUACAAGCCCCCCACUCUUAUACCUGAAUCCUCCACUACUAACUGUUUUAAGGGCUCACCCAGCAGCCAUUCCCCGGUGUUGUGGACUCAAGUGAAGUCUCUGGACGCAGCCUACGCUAGGUUAUCCUCCUGGAAAACAGUCCUCGCUACUGGGGGCUGUAGUGAGUUCAGCACUUCUAGCAGGCUCAUGUUUUAUCAGGCUCUUCUCAGAUCCUUCACUGGUCUCAUUGAGACUAUACACGGGUUGGAACUGGCUCUGAACCCCCACUCAAUGGAGGGGUACAUAACCCUGUGGGGUAUAGAGUUUCAGGAGAUACUUAUCAACAUUUCUGUAGCUGUUAACACUCCUUCCCACACUGGAUACGUGAAGAUCUGGAAGAAUCCAGAGUUCAACGACAUCCCGUUAUACGCAUGUGAUCAGAUCUGCGCGAGCGAGAUAGCAACAGUUCCGAGCAACGGAAAGGAGAUCACAUUCUCCAUACACCCCACUAACCCAGCCACUCCUAUUGUGUAUAUCGCAACUCAACAGGAACAGCUCAUCACUCUUAGGCAGCUUAUACAAGAACACCACGGACUAGAUCUUCACUCGCUGGAAGAACAUCCUAUUUCAGCACUAUUCAUCAUUGUCAUUUCCAUGGUUAUCGUUGUAUUCCACGCACUCUUAUUUCAUAUGAUCUAUAAGGAAUUUUGUAGCGGCGACAGGGGGUUAAAUAAAUCAGCUAGAUAGGCUGAUGAGUUGAUUUAUUAGUUGAUUAUUUGCUUGUGGUCACUCUUUUAUAUUACCGUGAUUUCUAUAGUUAACUUUGUCGAUAUCGUAUAAUUGACUCGUACAGUUAUCAUAAAGUGGGGUAAUGGGUAAAUGGGUAUAGUGAAGGGCAAAUGUUUUUGCUAAUUACAAAUAGUUCCUUUGAUACAUAUCCUAAUGAAUUGAAAUAUCGAUUCAAUGUACAUCUUGCUGGCUUGAUAUCACAUAAUCACAUAAUUAAUUAUGAUGUAGUAGAGAUAUAUUAUCAACUUAGUGUUUCUAAAAAUCUUUCAACACCUAUUUACUUAAAAAUUCUUAAAUUGUUUAUCUAUUAAACGUUUAUUUUGUACCGAAAAAGAAACAGGGCGAAUGUGAUUUACUGCUUACAUAAAUAUUUAGUUGCGAAUGUGCACUUAUAAUUAUGCUUGGUUUCUCUUUUGUCAAAUAAUUUAUUCUUUGUCGAGAAGGACACACAAAUUAGUGUUUAUAAUGAAGUUUAUAAUAUUGGCAGGUCCACUUCUCCAGGUGUGGUAACAUGUGAUUGUGACUGGAUUUUCAAUGAGAUGGUUUUUUUUGAUAUUUUUGUUUACUUCAUUUAUGAUUCAAUUUUCUGUUAAGUAAACUUACACUGUUAAGAGAGAAUUGUAUUUUACGACUAUUUGAAAUUA